CACCACACACACACGCACACACACACACACACACACACACACACCUCUCCAACCUGAGAAUCAGCGUCUCGGUUUUGAGGACUUGCACCGUGAAGUCGAGGUGUGUGUGUGCUUCUUAAAGUCGGUGCUUGUGAUGGAAAGCAGAGAGGAGAUGGUGAUGCUGGCGGAGGGAGGUCAGCUUGGCAAGAACGGCUCCAAUUUGUCGGAAGGCGUCGGCAGCCCCGUGCGAGAACCGCAGGGGAAGCCGGCACACAGGAGCUGCCUGAGCCCCGGCGCUGCGCCCUACUCCAGGGACAGAACCGAGCUGCUGGUGGUGGAGGAGAGCGCACGGAGGAAUAUGUGCGCCGACGUGAGGCCAGUUGGCACGUCCUCCUCCGGGGAGAGGCACCGGACCGAACAUCCUCACAAAGACGGCAGCAGCUCAGACACCGAGUCGGACUUCUAUGAGGAAAUUGACGUGAGCUGCACGCCUGAAAGCAUGGACUACCCGACAGCUAAAGGUCGAAAUGGGGAUUCUCCGGGUCACCCGAGUGAAACAGGUGCCGACCCGGGUAAGAUUGUCCCGGGUCAGGGCUCUCUGUCCUACGCAGCAGACCAGAUUCGCCGGUACCGAACAGCGUUCACCCGGGAGCAGAUCGCACGGCUGGAGAAGGAAUUUUACCGGGAGAACUAUGUAUCCAGGCCGCGGAGAUGCGAACUUGCGGCGGCCUUAAAUCUACCAGAAACCACCAUCAAAGUGUGGUUUCAGAACCGUAGGAUGAAAGACAAACGCCAGCGCCUGGCCAUGACUUGGCCUCACCCUGCAGACCCGGCCUUCUACACCUACAUGAUGAGCCAUGCGGCGGCCACGGGGAACCUGCCCUACCCCUUCCCAUCCCACCUGCCGCUGCCCUACUACUCCCACCUGGGGGUCGGGGCCGGCUCAGCUCCCGCCGCCACCCCUUUCUCAAACCCCCUGCGCUCUCUCGACAGCUUCCGAAUGCUGUCUCACCCCUACCAGAGGCCGGAGCUGCUGUGCGCCUUCAGACACCCCUCCCUGUACCCGGGUCCGACUCACGGCCUCGGCCCCGGAGGAAGCCCCUGCUCCUGCCUGGCCUGUCACUCCAGUCAGUCCAACGGCAUCUCCACUAGGCCCUCCGGCUCGGACUUCGCUUGUUCCCCAACAAGCAGGACUGACGCUUUUGUCACUUUCACGCCUUCAGUGCUCAGCAAAUCCUCAUCUGUGACAUUAGACCAGAGGGAAGAAGUGCCUCUGACGAGAUAAAACCAAAACCAACCAACUCUUCUAUUCUAUAAGCCUUUACCACAAGCUUUUUCACCUAUUAUAUGAGCAGGACUGAAACAGCAUGAAGAGGUAGUCAGUAAGCAGUGAGGCAAACUUGGGGGAAGAUAAUUAGCCACAUCUCCAACUACAAGACGCACAACAGAUCUCCCAUGACUGAAAUAUAAUAAUCCCAUUGCAAAGCCAAGACAGUGGGGCUGAAAGAUGAGCGCACGGGCACAAAACCUGAUUUGAUUUUUAGAAGAUUAAUUUGAUGUGUGAGGGAGAGAAGGAGGGGAUCCAGAGAAACGUUUAAAUCUCGGUGAUAGAUGGCGUUAAGGUUUUUAUCAUUACUUGUCGUCUCUUUACGCGUCCAAAUCGGCCUACAUGUAUUGUUAGUUACGCGAGAAUGAUGCUUUCCAUCUCUCUUUUUAACAAGGGGAUUUGUUAACAGACUGCGGCCGUCUCAUUAUAACACAACUCUCCACACCGGGACCCUGGCGGCGGCCCGGACCGAAAUGUGCAGAUGCUAGUGAAAUUAGUAAGUGAUGUAUAUGUACGACCCGGUGAAUUUUGAGUGUUGAAUUAAUGAUAAUACCAGGAAGGGGAUCGUUCCUGCCAAAAGGUAACAAGGCGCCAAGGGAACGGAUUACUACAGCCCGCACGGUUUGACGAGGCGGGGAGGAGGAGGAGGGGAGAAAGGAGACGAAGGACCCAGAAGAGGAUGGAGAGAGGACAAUCAAAAAUGAACAAAAAAAAAAUAAAGCAUUUUUAACGACAUCAAACACUCUUUGGUUUCUCCCACUUCUUAAAUCUGAUGAAAAUGUGAUUAAAUCUCGCCUAUGGGCCUCUUUUUUUUAAAAUAAGAAAAAACAUUUUCUCGCUUUGCACUGCUACAGUGGCACCAGUUUAGUGGCAUUUCGUGGAGAACAUGGACUAACAAGUGACUUACUUGGUUUUUAUCUUAUUAAUAUUAUUAUAUUUUUGUUUUUGGUUUGUUUUUGCCUGAGUUGUCCUUAACGUCUAAUUUGCAAUAAAUACUGUCAAAGAACCAAUGGA